AUGGAAUAUACCUUGAAAAAUCAGAGUUCUGGAGAAUCCGAGAAGGGAGAGAUCACAGAGAGCUCCAUGGAAUCCAUGAGCACUGAAGAAGUUAGGUCAGGCAGCAUCUGGAGGAGGGCACUCUGGAGACAACACUGUGAGCGCUGGUACAGGCAUGAAAAGAAAAGCAAAUGUUCAGGGGACAGAUUGCUUGAAACACAAGGUUUGGGUAUGAAAUCUGGAUAUGCCAAGAUGACUGAAAAGAGGUGCUAUCUUGGAUUGCUGUUAAUAACAAGACAAGGCAUUUGUGUGUUUCUCCAUAACUAA